UAAUAUAAUUUAAGAAAAUUAAUUAAUUAAACUAAAAUUAAAAAGAACAUUUUUCUUAAAAUUAAGCUUCUCCUAAAGGCACCUCCUCCACCACACCAAGACAAAAUAAUAUUCCUCCCACUUUCCACCUAAAAUACGCCAUUCCGCACCUAAAAUAAAUAAAUUAAAAAAAAAACAUCCUAUAAUUCCAAUGUGUGUUAAUUCUCUCUCGUUACCACGAUUAUUGUCCCAACACAAUAAGAACCUGAGAAACAAAGAUUAAAGAAGAAGAAAAGGAAAGAAAAAAAAAAUUGUUUUGGUAUUGUAAAAGGAUAGAGAUGGCCAAAGAAGGCCGCGAAAUUGCGUCGUCGGCGGCAGCGGCGGUGGUGCCACUGCUUCGUCCACCACCGCAGAGGAAGGGCUCGUACGCACGGUGCCUCUCGCACGCCGGCGACGAGCUCAAGAGCUUCCGCACCUGCCUCCGGUGGAUGUGCGUCGACCACUCCGACACGCUCCGCUCCGCUGUCUCCUGGUCUAUGUUCUUUUUCCUCUCGGCGGCGGUCCCCGCCGCCGACCACCUCCUCCUAAUCCCCGCCUCCUCCCCUCGCCGCCGCUACGAUGCGGUGGUGCAGCUCUCCCUCUCCGCCGCCGCCGCCCUCGCCUACCUCUCCCUCUCCGGCUUCGUCCGCCGCCACGGCCUCCGCCGCCUCCUCCUCCUCGACCGCCUCCGCCGCGACAGCGACCGCGUCCGCCGCGGCUACGCCGGCCAGCUCGGCCGCUCCUUCCGCCUCCUCGCGGCCUUCGUCCUCCCCUGCUGCGCCGCCGAGGCUGCCUACAAGGCCUUCUGGUGGUGGCGGUGGCGCUCCGCCGCCGGAGGGCGGUGGCCGGCGAUCGGCGCCGCCGCCGCGGCGUGCGUUCUGGAGCUGGCGUCUUGGGCGUACCGCACCGCCAUCUUCUUCCUCGCCUGCGUGCUCUUCCGCCUCAUCUGCCACCUCCAGAUCCUCCGCAUGCACGACUUCGCCGCCGCCUUCCAGGCUGAGACCGACGUCGCCGCCGUGCUCAGGCAGCAUAUUCGCAUACGGCAGCAGCUCAGUGUGAUCAGCCACCGGUAUCGGGGUUUCAUCGUCUCCGCUCUGCUCCUUGUCACCGUGAGCCAGUUCGCCACUCUACUGCUUACCACGCGGCCUCAUGCUCAAGUGAACAUAUACACCGCCGGCGAGCUCGCCUUGUGCUCGCUGGGGCUGGUGAUGGGGAUGCUGAUGUGCCUGCGGAGCGCGGCGAAGAUCACGCACAAGACGCAGGCGAUCACAAGCCACGCCGCGGCGUGGCACGCCUGCGCCACCAUCGACCCCUCCGACGCCGCCGACGACCCGGAGACCCACGCGAGAACCAACUGCGAAGAGGGGGACGGUUCUGAUUCCGACGACGAGGACGACGAGGAGGAGGAGGAGGAGGAGAGGGACGAGGAUGAUUUGGACGACGCAAAGCUCAUGCCUACUAGUUAUGCUAUUGCCAGCACGGUCUCGUUCCAAAAGCGACAGGCGCUUGUGACAUACUUGGAGAACAACAGAGCAGGGAUCACCGUGUUCGGAUUCGUGGUCGACAGGACGUGGCUCCACGCCUUGUUCAUGAUCGAGUUCUCUCUCGUUACGUGGCUCCUCGGCAAAACCAUCGGAAUCUCUUAGAAGUGAUCGAUCAGUUCACUGGCUCGAAUCGUAAUAGUGACCGGUUGAACUGCGAAGAGCUCUUCCUGCAGAAUUUUUGUUCACUUCCUUUUGGUGUCAUCCUAAUCUUGUUCUUUUAUUCAUCAGAAAAUUUGCAUGCUUGUGAUUUACAGCUAUACUGCUUCGAAGUAGCCCGUAUUUUUGCUGAUA